AUGAAUGAGAGAAAAAGAGAUAAUAGUGAAGGCCCCUGGAAACCCAGAAGGCCCUGGAAACCCCGGAGCCCCUGGAAACCCCGAAGGCCCCUGGAAAUCCCGGAGCCCCUGGAAACCCCGAAGGCCCCUGGAAACCCCGAAGGCCCUGGAAACCCCGAAGCCCCCUGGAAACCCCGAAGGCCCCUGGAAACCCCGAAGCCCCUGGAAACGACGAAGGCCCCUGGAAAUCCCGAAGGCCCUGGAAACCCCGAAGGCUCCCUGGAAACCUCGAAGCCCCUGGAAACCCCGAAGGCCCUGGAAACCCCGAAGGCCCCUGGAAACCCCGAAGGCCCCUGGAAACCCCAAAGGCCCUGGAAACCCCGAAGGCCCUGGAAACCCCGAAGGCCCUGGAAACCCCGAAGGCCCUGGACUCCCCGAAGGCCCUGGAAACCCCGAAGGCCCCUGGAAACCCCGAAGGCCCCUGGAAACCCCGAAGGCUCCUGGAAACCCCGAAGGACCCUGGAAACCCCGAAGGCCCUGGAAACCUCGAAGGCCCUGGAAACCCCGAAGGCCCUGGAAACCCCGAAGGCCCCUGGAAACCACGAAGGCCCCUGGAAACCCCGAAGGCCCCUGGAAACCCCGAAGGCCCUGGAAACCUUGAAGGCCCCUGGAAACCCUGAAGGCCCUGGAAACCCCGAAGGCUCCUGGAAACCCCGAAGGCCCCCGGAAACCCCGAAGGCUCCUGGAAACCCCGAAGGCCCCUGGAAAUCCCGAAGGCCCUGGAAACCCCGAAGGCCCCUGGAAAACCCGAAGGCCCCUGGAAACCCCGAAGGCCCCUGGAAACCCUCAUGCCCCAGCCAAGGGAAGCACAAGGGACCUUCCACGAAAAAGGUUCCUAGUCGCCUGAAGUUGCGGUGA